GGCCCUCGGCGGCGCAGCGCCGCGGUCCGGGGCGCGGCGGCCCCCGGCGGCAUCGCGGGCGCUCCGGUGGCUGCCGCCGGGCAUGUCCGGCGCGGCGGAGCCCGCGGCCCCCGGCUCCUUCCAGAGCCCCCGCAAGCUCCCGAAGCGCAAGAGCCGCUUCAAGCGCUCCGACGGCAGCACCUCGUCCGACACCACCUCCAGCAUCCUCCGGCGGCAGGGCUCGGCGGACUCCUACACCAGCCGCCCGUCGCUGGACUCCGACGUGUCCCUCGAGGAGGACCGCGAGAGCGCCCGGCGCGAGGUGGAGAGCCAGGCCCAGCAGCAGCUCGAGAGGGCCAAGCACAAGCCGGUCGCCUUCGCCGUGCGCACCAAUGUCAGCUACUGCGGGGCGCUGGACGAGGAGUGCCCGGUGCAGGGAGCCGCCAUCAACUUCGAAGCCAAAGAUUUCCUGCACAUCAAGGAGAAAUACAGCAAUGACUGGUGGAUCGGGCGCCUAGUGAAGGAGGGGGGGGACAUCGCCUUCAUCCCCAGCCCCCAGCGCCUGGAAGCCAUGAGGCUCAAGCAGGAGCAGAAAGCCAGGAGAGCUGGCAACGCCUCAGGCCUCGGCGACAGCGGGAACCGGCGAUCGCCCCCCCCUUCCCUAGCCAAGCAGAAGCAGAAGCAGACGCAGCACAUCCCGCCCUACGACGUGGUCCCCUCCAUGCGGCCCGUGGUGCUGGUGGGGCCCUCGCUCAAGGGAUACGAGGUCACCGACAUGAUGCAGAAGGCCCUCUUCGACUUCCUCAAGCACAGAUUCGAUGGCAGGAUCUCCAUCACCCACAUCACAGCGGACCUGUCCCUGGCCAAGCGCUCCAUCCUCAACAACCUGGGCAAGCAGGCCAUCCUGGAGCGCUCCACCGCCCGCUCCAGCAUCGCCGAGGUGCAGAGCGAGAUCGAGCGCAUCUUUGAGCUGGCCAAGUCCCUGCAGCUGGUGGUGCUGGACGCCGACACCAUCAACCACCCGGCCCAGCUGGCCAAGACCUCGCUGGCGCCCAUCAUCGUCUACGUCAAGGUGUCCUCGCCCAAGGUCCUGCAGCGGCUCAUCAAGUCCCGCGGCAAGUCCCAGGUGAAGCACCUCAACGUGCAGAUGAUGGCAGCCGACAAGCUGGUGCAAUGUCCCCCGGAGCUCUUCGACGUCAUCCUGGACGAGAACCAGCUGGAGGACGCCUGCGAGCACCUGGCCGAGUACCUGGAGGUGUACUGGCGGGCGACCCACCACCCCCUGCACGCCCCCCACGCCGUGCCCUCGCCCACCAGCAUCCCGGGCCUGCAGGGCCAGCAGCUGCUGGGGGAGCGGGGCGGCGAGCACUCGCCGCUGGAGCACGACAGCCUGAUGCCGUCGGACGAGGCCAGCGAGACGUCGCACAAGACCUGGACGGCCUCGUCGCAGCGCAGCUCCCGGCACCUGGAGGACGAGUACGCGGACGCCUACCCGGACCUCUACCAGCCGCACCGGCACCACAACAGCGGGCUGCACGGCCCCGCCGGCCACGACUCGCAGGACCGCCUGCUGCAGCGCGAGCCCCAGCGCGACCACGGCGACAGGAACUGGCAGCGCAACCGGCCCUGGGCCAAGGACAGCUACUAGGGCCGGCGGGGGGGCGGCUGGGGACCGGCCCCCCCAGCCCCCCGCCCGGCGCCCCGGGGAGCCGGGCGCUCCCCGGGGCCUCGUGGCGGCCGAGCCCCCCCGCCGCCCCCCGCCCAGCCCCGCGCUGGGGGUGCUCAGACAAUCUCCCUCUCGGGAAACUCCACCGCAGCGGCAGCUUCCUCGCGCCUGGCCCCGGGCAGCACGUUCAGCCAUAAGCACAGGAGGGGCGGGCGGCCAGGACGCCUGGGCCCUCGCCCUGGCUCGAGGUGACCCGAGAGCAGUCACACGCCUUCUCCCUGCCUCAGUUUCCCUGCCUGGCCCCGGCAUCGCAGGCCGUCUCAUUCCCCGCAGGGCAGCUGCCAUGAGCAGAGGCGCCUUCCCCAAAGGAGCCGUGGGCCAGGUACCGGGGAGGGGGCGGUUUUAGCAGCAUCUCCCCCCAGCACAGACGCUGCCCCCAGGAAGGAGGGGAAGGUGCCCAUUCCCCACGGGGGCCUGGCCUGCCCCCUCCCUGCCCCCUUGCAUGGGACCCCCAGGAGGAGGGGGCCGCCCCCGUUGCUUUGCUCUGCAUCGAUUUUCUCCCUGCCCCGUUCACAGUAGCCAAACCGCUUCCUCCGACGGGGACGCAGGGCGGACGGGGACGCGCGGAGCGGCCGGACCCCGUGCGGGGCGGCCGGACUCUGCCCGGGGCGGCGGCCCCGCGCCUGCACUCGCUGCCCCGUUGCUUCGGCAGCCGCAGCCAGCACUGCUCCCUCCCAGCCGCCUGCUGCCCCCGUCCCCGCGUAGCCACCACCGCACGUCACCGCACGUCACCGCACAGUCCUGUAAAUACGGUGCCCGCCGCCCUGCGCCGGGCAGGCCCGAGGCGGCUCCGCGAGGGGUCCUGGCGCUUGGCCGAGCCGCCCCAGGGCCCGUUGCAGAGAGCCUGGCCGAGCCGCGGCUGCGACAGGCGGAGGGCACAGAUUUGUUAUAAUUUCUUUUGUAGAAAGCACUGAUUUCCCUGUAAUUUGUUUCAGAAACACGAGAGUGCUCAGA